AGCAAGUCAUAACACGACGACGUCAUGGCAGGGCGAGCAGGAGCUAACUGCGCGCGAGCGUAACUCUUCUUUUUCCUUCACUUUUCGCUACUUUCUUUCCCACAAGUUGCUUCCUAAAUGUCCGCAGCUCCUGUCCACGGAGUAGCUUUUGGCAGCUCCCAGGAGAGGAGACUCUUCCCCGUGCAUUUAGCGCGAGACCGGCUGGGGAACCAAACGUCACGUGAGGGAGCGCCACACCUCGGCCCUGGCUGCUAUGACAACAAUGAGUUUGGCACAAUGCUCCAUGAUUUACAGACGACACCGGGGAGUAAGAAAGGAUAUGUUCUGUCUGCGAGGACUGCAGCACGUUUCCCACCUUGUAACAAGACAGCGACCCCUUCUCCACAGCAGUACCAGCAGGAUCAAAGCUGGUCCAGAGUCCCCCCUCCUGGCAAAACACCUUUCAACUCAACUACACAGAGGUUCAAAAGCAUGUCAAGUACAACCGAGGACAGCCCAGGGCCUGGGCAGUACGCUCAUGAUGCAGUGACGGACAGGAAGGUGAGCUGGCCGAUGUGCUUCGGGAGCCCAGACUGGUCCAGACUGCCUCAGGUGGAGAAGAAGUCCCUCAGAGUGAAGCUCAACAACGAAAAGGAGUUCUUGAAGCACAGAAGCAGAGUCGCCUACCUGAGUUUGUACUAUUAACUAAAGCUGAAGGAUAGAACCCUGAUGCAUGAUGGGACCUUUGUCAAAUUACUUUCCUGAACUUCUCCUGGUUUAAACUGUUAAGAAAAGUUUAAGAGUUAAAAGAAUUCACAAAA